GAACAAGACUUCAUUGACCUUUGCUUCCAUAUUAUAUAACCAUCGUUUUUCUCGCUGUAAGCUCAUUUCUCUGAUAAUUUUACAACCAUGCUCAAUACCGGUAAACUUGCUGGAAAAACAAUCUUCAUCAGUGGAGCAAGUCGUGGCAUUGGUAAAGCAAUUGCUUUGAAAGCGGCGAAAGAUGGAGCGAAUAUUGUAAUAGCAGCAAAAACUGCACAAGCACAUCCUAAACUUCCUGGAACUAUUUACACUGCGGCAAAGGAAGUUGAGGAAGCUGGUGGACAGUGCUUGCCAUGUGUGGUUGAUAUCCGAGAUGAGUCAGCUGUGAAGACUGCUGUAGAAAGUGCUGUGGAAAAAUUUGGUGGAAUUGAUGUUCUUGUAAACAAUGCUAGUGCCAUCAGUCUAACUGGUACUUUAGUUACACCAAUGAAAAGAUAUGAUUUAAUGAAUAAUGUCAAUGCUAGAGGAACAUUCUUAUGUUCCCAAGCAUGUAUCCCAUAUUUAAAGCAGGCAAAAAAUCCACAUAUUCUCAACAUAAGUCCACCACUCAACAUGAAUCCUAUGUGGUUCAAAGGCCAUGUUGCAUAUACAAUGGCUAAAUAUGGUAUGUCCAUGUGUGUCUUGGGCAUGGCAGAAGAAUUUAAAGAUGAUGGUAUUGCUGUAAAUGCAUUAUGGCCUAAAACAGCAAUCGAGACAGCUGCAAUGGAGAUGCUUGGUGGUGGUGAGACAUUAAAACAUUGUCGUAAGGUAGAAAUAAUGAGUGAUGCUGCUUAUGUCAUAUUAACAAGAGAUAGUAAAUCAAGGACAGGAGAGUUCUUGAUUGAUGAAGAUGUUUUACGCGAAGUUGGAGUAAAAGAGUUUGAACAGUAUGCAUGUGUCCCAGGGGCUGAUUUGCUUCCAGACUUUUUCCUGGAUGCGGAAGACGUGACUGCGGAAGAUAUUGAUAGAUUUAAACAGAAAAAGAUCGUUCAGCAAGGAGGAAAUGAUGAAUUACAUUCGCUGUUUGUAAAAAUUAAAGGAUUUUGCAGUGAAGAUGCUGUUUCUAGUACCCAAGCUAUGUAUCAGUUCAAUAUCAAUGAUCACGGGGUUUGGUACCUGGAUCUCAAGACUGGUUCAGGAGAUGCUGGUCAAGGUGAUCCAGCUUCAACUGCUGACGUGACCUUUUCUCUCGACAAAGAAAAUUUUGUGGGAAUGUUUACUGGAAAACUGAAACCUACGGCGGCGUUCAUGCAAGGAAAACUCAAAAUAAAAGGAGAUAUGAUGAAAGCUAUGAAACUGGAAAGUUUAAUGAGUCACAUGAAGUCAAAAUUAUAGUUCUUUUACUGAUGUAUUAAAUGAUAUCGGAAAAAUGUAACAUAUUUUUUGUUUAUUCA